AUGACCCUGGUUCUGUCCAGGAACGGGUUCAUGGACCCAGAGGGACACGCUUUGGUCUCUGCCUUCCCCCCCCGUCUGGAACCGGCUCAAGAACCUCCCAGUAGAGGUGCUGACCCGUUUUCCACGACCAGAACUGACUUCUUCAAGAGGAAGCUGCUUGAAGAUGACGAAGAUCCUCUGUUCAACCUGUGGACCUACUGCCACACCGCGGUGCCGGUUCUGGAGGAGCGAUCUCUGGUCCUGCGUCUCUCUCUGGAGAAGGUCCGUUUCCUGGACGACCCCGAGGCGUUUCUGCGCCGCUCCGUCCUCGUCAACAACCUGCUGCGCCGCCUGUUGCAGAGCGCCGUACCCCACGUCCUGCCGUCGCCCACCGGAGUCUCUAUCGGACCGGACCGCCGCUCAGGAAGAGGUUUCGGGCUGCACAGCUGCCCCGCCCACACCUGUUGCUGCCUCUACGCAGCGGGACGCUUCCUCCUGCCGCCGCCGUCCGCCUACGGUGCAGAGGAAGAAGAGGAGGAGCCAAGAGACGAAGGCUGUGCCGCUGCUGACACGGUGAGACGUCUGAACAGGACGGAGACACUUCCUGGACAAAGAGACACGAGGACAGAGGAAGAAGAGGAGGAGGAAGAGGCUGACGGACCUGCAGGCGUCCACAGGUUCAGCUUCUGGCCCCACAGGACUCAUAGACAGUUACCAUCUCUGUCUCCAUGGCAACAAGGUCCAUCUGGUCGGACCUUCAGUCCCAGCAGGUCCGGUUCCACAACCCCGACCCGGUCGCUAGGCAACCGGUUGGGUUCUGAUGUAGCUUUUAACAAUAGACCCGACGCACCAGGCUGCAGCGCCACCGUGUGGAGGAACGCAGCGACCUGCGGGUUCUAUGUGGUUCUGCUGCUCUGUGGUCAGACCCGGUCGUGUUUCCAGACCUUCAUGUCCAUCAGAACCUUUGGUCAAAGUUUAACCGGGUCACAGAAAGUUGGACUGAGCCCGACCCGGUUUUGGUUCUGAUGUCUUUCCCAGGUUAAUCUGAGUGAACUUGGCCUGCAGGUUCUGAGGAACCGGUUCAGGCCCGUAACAGAACCACCACAAGGUUCUAACCCUCACCAUCUUCGAGGAAUAUACAUUUUUUCACAUCUGUUUCAAGUUUGGGACAUCGCCAUGGCAACUGCUGAUUAUUAAUGUGUAGCCCCUUGAAGUUUGUUUAAACUGUUUUUGCAUGCUAACCUCUCAGGUUUGAUGUUUUUCAGAUUUCCCAUCAGCCACUUCAGUUUCAGGAUGACAGCAAUUUUUCAAGAUGGCCACCGUUUUUGAGCCUUUCCAGGGGAGCCCAAAGUGGGUCCUGGAGGGCCGGCAUCCUGCAAGUUUUAGUUCUCUCCCUGGUGGGGAGAGAACUAAAACCUAUUCAGCUCAUCAGUGUUGUCCUAACGAUCCAUCAUUGGAUCCAGGUGAGUUAAAACAUGCCGGGCCUCCAGAACCCACUUUGGACUCCCCUGGUUUAAACCAAUUAUUUUUCUAACCUGUUGUGAGUUGGAUGAAUUACGUUUUCCACUUUGCUCAUCCUGUUUAUGAGACUUUAAAGAAAUAAAAUGGAGCAGAACCAGAACCUGAUUUUCAGCUAAUUCUGUUGGGUUUAAUGUUAGCUAAUUUCUGAAAUGUUUAUCAUCUUCGUGUUAGCUUCUGCUAAUUUUUCUGUUGCUGUUUUGAUUAGCAGUGGCUAAUAACUCCUGCUGAUUUUCACAGAAACAGAUACACUUCAUUGCAGUCAUGGUGGCCAUUUUGAAAAAUAUCCACCAGAAAAAGGAAAUAAGAUAUGACACUAAGAAUAUUCAUCUAAUUGAUGAUUUAAGUGCAAAUUUUUAUUUUCCAUCUUGAAAAAUCUAAAUAUUAUUAGUAAACAUGAUUUUUUUUCUGUCUAAUUGUGUAUUAUUUGACACCAAAUUAUACACAAUUAUUCACUUUUA